AUGGCAUUCGCAACUCCAGGGAGAAUAUGCGGGACACGAACAAGGUGUGAGGGGUCAGCCCGCCCUGUAGACAUACUGGGGGUGCCUUCGCGAUUGUAUGCGUCGGAUCCGGUGGGUCCCGCCACUUCAACGGCUACCGAACAUGCGGUGAAUCCUACUUCAUCCGCCGAACGUGCAGCGACUCUGCCGAACGGCUCAGCUGAUGAUGGCUCGGGCUACGAUGCGGAGGCGCUGGCUGCCGCUUUCACCCACGGAGCCAGCGCGCCGAUGCUGCGGCAGAUCAGCAGCCGUCUGGCGAAGAUGCGGACCAUCAAAGGAGAUCUGCGUGUCGACCCGUACCCCGAGGUGAGCGAGGAGAGCGCUCGUACGGUCGUCGACGUCGGCCGCAUUGCAGCCGCUCACGCCGAUCUUGGUGACGGGGAAGAGGUGGAAUCUAUAAAGUACCGCGUGCGCGGGCGCAUCAAGUCGAUCCGAUUUGACGGCUUGUUUGUGGUAAUCGAGGACGUCAAGGGCCACGGCCUGCAGGUCAUGUUCAGACGCCACCAGGACAUCGCGGUCGGCGGCGCGUCGUUCAGCGCCAACCGUGUUGGAGAUGUGCUCGAUAUCGGCGACAUCAUACUUGUAGAGGGGCACCCGAAACGCACGGCCACGGGCGAGAUGACGUUGGUGGCACACUCCUUGGGGGUGCUCGCCAAAUGCCUGCUGCCGAUGCCCGACGGCUUCCACGGCCUGAAGGACGUCGAUACGCGACAGCGACUGCGCCACCUGGAUAUAAUGACGUCCGCGGAAACUAAGCGGCUGCUACAGCAACGGUCGCACAUGGUCUGGAUGCUGCGCCAGUUCCUCCACGGCCGGGGUUAUGUGGAGGUCGAGACGCCGGUCCUCUACCACGGGUACAGCGGCGCGCAGGCUACGCCGUUUGUGACGCGCUCGGAGGCGCUCGACCAGCGGCUGUAUCUCAGGAUCGCGCCCGAGUUGUUCCUGAAGCGCCUGGUCACCGCCGGCCUCGCCGAUAGGGUCUUCGAGAUCGGCAAGUGCUUCCGCAACGAGGGAACGAGCACGCACCACUCCCCCGAGUUCACGAUGCUCGAGCUGUACCAGCAGAUGGCGGGCAUGGGGGACAUGAUGCGGAUGACGGAGGAGAUUGUGGCGACGGUCGCAACGGGGCUGCGCGUCGCCGUCCCCAAGUUCACGACCAAGUCGAUGAGCGCGCUCAUAGAGGAACAUGCAGGGGUCAAGGUGGAACAGUGCAGCAGCGAACAGCUGGUGGCCGCGCUGGCGGAGAGAGGCGUGGACGAGACGGCGUUGCACGACACGACUUGGGGCGGCCUGGUUUGCGCCCUUUUCAAGCAUGCCGUCGAGGGCAAAAUACUCGAGCCCACGCACGUCACAGCGCUACCCGCCGACUCAUCGCCACUGGCGGCGGUUGACGCGGACGGCGUCCACGGACGCGUGUUCGAGUCGUACCUCGGCGGCCUGGAGUUCGCGCACGGAUGCACCGAGGAGUGCGACCCCGUCAAGCUCCUGCGCAAACUGGAUCGCUGCAGGCAGGAAGGGCUGAGCAGCUCGAGGGACACCGAGUUCCUCAACGCCGUGGCGUACGGAAUGCCGCCCACAGCGGGGCUAGGCAUCGGGAUCGACAGGCUCCUGAUGGCCCUCACCGGGGCAACCAGCAUCAAACACACGCAGACAUUCCCGCUGCUGAAAAAUGUAGAAUAG